AUGGCGGCGGAUCAGCCGGCAGGUUACUUCUCUACGUUCUCAAUUCUCGAUUCGAGCCGCGGCACGAAUACCGAUGACCACCAACACAACAAAGCGCAACGGCGGAACCGAAAAGUGUCUGUCUGUAUACCAUGCCAUCGGCGGAAACUCAAGUGCGAUAAGGGCCAGCCGUGCUCUCGUUGCUCUUUAUCCGGAUCUCCUGAGCAGUGUGUGUAUCAGGAACAACCAUCGACAGAACCUCGAGGAGAUGUGGAGCGAAAUUCGGGAAGCAAUUAUAGGCAGCAUUUACGAACAAGAUCCUCGAGCACGGCUACCCUAGUGAACGAGGGAUCAGAACGGCGACUGCAGGGAGUGACACACUGGCGUACCAUCGCUUCAGAAUUUACCGAAGCCUGGCCCUACAUAUCUGGACGUGUCCCGGCGUGGGAGUCGACAUAUCGCCGAAUACAAGGACAUAAAUACCUAUUUGCCUCGCUUUCCGGCUUGAACUUCCCAUUUGGGGGUUUAUGUUCGUUCUUUCAGCAUGGAGACGAAGUUAUCCAAUGCCUCCCAGCACGCCCGGCUGUGAAUGUUCUCAUCCAAAGCUAUUUCCAAACACUCAAUCCCAUUUAUCGCCUUCUCCACCACCAACAGUUCAUGAAAGAGUUAGAAGAGUUCUGGAAUAGCAACUCACAGUGCUCAGAAGAGUGUUGGACUGAGCAUUUUCUCGAUGCCGCACAGUUCUUCUUUAGCAGAUCGCCGUACCUAUCAGCGCCCACGCUGGUAUCGAUGCGGGUCCUUUGUCUCGUCAUCAUUGCCCGCAUGCUGGAUCUCAAAGGAGCCGAGACCUCGCAGCUGCCGGUUCUUAUGGGGUUUCUGAGCCGGAGUGCUGUGGCUAUUCACCUCCACAUGAGCCCAAGUAUACACUCGACGCUUACACCGUUCGAGAUCGAAGCGAGGAAUCGAGUUGCCAUGCGAACCGGCACCCUGUGCGAUCGCGAGGACCAAGACGCAAUUGUACCCCUGAAUAUCAACGACAGCCAGAUCCGAUACGUCAACCACGGGUGGUCUCUAGCCCAGCAAGAAGCUGGCACGGGCGAAACAACGGAUGGUACCUUUCAGCUCAAGUUAUGCGAGGUGCUCCCCACCGUGGCCGAGAUCAUCAAUAUAGUCAACUCCCCAACCAAGCCGCCGCCAAUAUGGGAUAUGAUCCGAUCGUUCGACAGUCGGCUCGGCCAACACCUACAGGAUAUCGAGCUUGUUCUGCCGUUAGCGUAUCGGGCAUCGGGCCAGGCACCAUCUAAAACGAGGAAGAUGCAACGCGACUUUCUUCGAACUCUUGUUCACCGCACGACUCUAGCCUUACAUCACCACGCUAUUGCCCUGUCUUUAGGUUCUCCACAACUAAUAGCUUCUAUACCGGUCCUGGAUAAAAGCAUCACAAAUAUUCUGAGCAUCCAAAGGGACUGGUAUAGCGAGUUCGACUCAUCGCGACUGGUUGGCUGGCUGCUAGACAUAACCGGGGACUCAUUAAUCGCUGCGUUUCUCUACCAUCUCAACUUAGUCCGCAAACAACAGGAAUCUACCCCAACACCGUCGUUCCACGAAAGGUCUAUAAACCCGUCCCAGAAUCCCACUAUCCACGGAACCAUCGAAAUAUUCCAGUCUCGCGCCGGAAACUCCGCGGCACACUACGAGGAUUUCGUGACCGUUUCUAUCGCUGCGGGGUGUCUGGAGGCGCUUACGGUGGGUGCUACUGGUGAGCAGUUCCUUGCUGUGUUGGAACGGGUCGCCGAGAAGGUCGAGGGGGUUGUACUUGGGAGUGGAGAAGGGCGUGACGGUGACGGUGAUGAGGAAGGGGACGAGUAUGCGAUUAGUGGAGGAGGCUGA